CCCUUGUCGACGUCUUCAGUGAUGAAAACAUCUGUCACCAAUCUCGUGAUUCGGGAAACGAAGGAAGCGAAUACGGAUCAGGAACACACACAUUCGUGUGUGUGUGAGAUAUUUCUUAUUCUCUGCCAGUAUGGUCAGUCUUGCUAACAACUCAAGACAUUCAGGGGGGACAUUUUUCUCCGAUGAUAGCACAACUAUUCAACCAGAUGAUGACCCUCUACUGGGCUCCAUGCCUGUCCUUCCACAGGACUGUGUGGUCAAUCAGUGGAUGGCUGAGGAAGUCAAGACAUUUCAUGGAAUAAAAACACCAAUAGCUAUCAUCCUUGCAAAGGUUUUGUAUAUCUGCCUGGGAGUUGCUGCCAAUGUCUUGCCAGUGCUGUGUCAAUAUAAACAAUGUGGAGACCAGGAAACAUCCCUGAUAUUGUACAUACAUGGUGCAACAUGGUUCCUGCUCGUAGCAAUUCACUACUUUCUCUAUGUUGAACAUCAGAAUUCACUGCUGAGGGGCUAUUUUAACUUUCAUCUUGAAACAAGGAACCUUCGACAUAUUUCAUUACAUAUAAAUUCAGCAGCAAACGCAGUCUUGCUGGUGGUGACAAAGCUGUUGGAUGAAGUUUGUGAUAAAAAUGGCACAUGCCAUUUUCUUAACAAGACACGAUACCUGCAGAUUAUAAUCUCUGUGGAGGUGCUGGUUGCUCUUGUAUUUCUCCUUAUUUACCUGGUGAAAACAAUGCAUUUCAAUCGUGCCAAAGAGGCCCCUGACUUUAUGAAGUCUACCCUCGACUCUUCAUUGCCCAGCACACAACAAGAAGUUGGAUACAAGCCAUCAUUUGAAAAUCAGAAAGACAGGACCAUGAUCUUGAUGUGGUAUGAGAUCUACUUUUGGCGGAACAAGCGCAUUGAUCUUUGCCGCGAAAUCAUUCACCUAAAUGAUGCUUUGGCUGAACUCAGAUCACAAAGCAGGCUGCAAUGAUUCACUGUCUCCUCUUACAUACAUGUGGUGUGGCAGAGCAUCAAGUUGCCUUUGCACAUAUCGUACUUUUGUAAUUUAACACAGAUCUGACAAUGGCUGUUUUGUGGUCUGAAAUUUGUGGCCGGAGGUGGUGUGCAGAAAGGAAAACGGACAGUUUUCUUGCUCAUAUUCAACAUGAUCUUGAAGAAUGACACCAGCAAAAAGUGAUUUUUUGAAAACUUGAAAGUGCCUUGUAAUUGCAAUUACAGGACAGAAAAAAACGGUGCUAGAGGUGUGGGCGGGUUUCUGAUACUUUUGUUUUAAGAGAAAUUGGUGGUGAUUUUUUUUUUUUGCCUGUUUGCAGUGUAGUUGAUGUAGAUUCCUACGUAUCCUGCCAGGAACUUAUUUCACCCAUUACUUCAGCAUUCACCAUUAUUCUGUCAUCAUAUUUAUAAGAGUGAAAAAUAAAACAUGAAACAAAUACGAUGCAUUCUGGUAGUGCAACUUAUCAUUUCAGUUUAAUAGAAGGGAUUGGGAGGCCUUAUAACUCAAGAGCAGAAGGUCACCGGUUUUUGGAUUACUCAAAUGGGUGGCUAAAAAACUUCUGCUUACUAAGGAAUAAAGAGUACCUAAUAUAUUGGAAAAUAAAAGACUUCAGAAAGGAAGCAUUAAACUCUGAGAUAAACAGAGUUCAUUGUCCUGUGGCCAUUAAGUUUUGGAAUUUUUACCCUUAACUUUCACUGUGAUGUUUUGUUUCAGUCUUUCGCAUAUUUCUCAUGCAUUCUAGUUAUAUUGUUUUACACUGAUCCAAGAGGAACACUUCAUUGGUUUCUUUCAUAGAUUACCAUGUCUUCCACUUCUAGUUUACAGUGGAAAUUAUUUUACCUUUCAAACAAGUUUUUUUCAAAGAACUAUCAGAGAGAAAAUAUGAGGAAAAAGAGAAAAGGCAUUGCAGUUAGCCAGCAUUGUUUUAUAACCUUGUAUCUCAUUCACCGUCAUAUGAAUGGCUUACUGAUUCUUUUAAUGAGGAAUAUUCUAUUUCCUCUUGCUUAAAAAAAGGGAUUCUUUAAAUUUUGAGAGUUCAUUUCAAUUUUUGUUCAAAGUUUUCAGAUAUCAUGUAAAGAUGGUUAGAAGAUUGACUGCGCAAGUUUGAUUAAGUUCUGAACAAAACACAAACACAUUUUAUCUUUGAAGAGUCAAACUUUGUUGGUUUAAUCAGUCAGUGUAGAAAUAAGGAUUUUUAUUUUACUAGUAUUUGGAGUAAACUUUUAUUAAAUGGACUGUUUUUAGCCUAGACAUUUAACAUAUAAAUAAGAAUAAAACUGCAAAUAAAAUCAAAUGGGCACUUCAGAGAAUACAGAUCCCUAGAUUUUCAUGCUUUGGUGUUAAAAGUCAAAAACCACUUCUUGAGAAUCGAUUGUUUGAAGUUUUUCUUUUCUUAGAUCUUUGAAAAUGACCACUUUUCUCACUUAAAUGCUAAUUAACUUCAGUAUUGUAAAAAUACUUGCAUGAUCAGUAAUAAUGUUCAAAGUGAUGUAGAUGUCACUAUAAAAAACCCCGUAAAAUGUAAUUUCUUUAAACUAUAGUGUAAAGAGUUUUAUAGGGAAUGUUUGUAAGAUGGUUAAGGGGCAAGUUGAUGAGAUAGGAAAAACCAUUCAGAAUGUAUGUCUUAGCUGUUUAUUGAUUUGUUGGGGAUUUUUCGCAGAGUUUGCUUUGACCUCAAAAGCCAGGCUCUUCAGCAGGGAUGGCAUGAAAUCUACAUGUUACGGCUGCGUUUCUGCACACUGCUGCUUGAAAGGAAAAACCUCUUAAAUCAUGCCAAGAAACCUCACAGAUAAAAAAUGGUCUGAAAUUUUUCCAACACCUGGAAAAAUUUGACUCCGGAGGCUUAAGUUUGACAUUAAUCUUAAAUAGUAGCAUUGUACUGUGCCAAAAUCUGCUUGUUGCCAAGAAAAUUAGAUGCAGUUUUUCUGUGAGUAAAUGUUUUUGUAUCACUUUGUGUGCCCCCUCCCACUGUUUCAUUGAAAAAUCUGGAGUUGCUUUUGCAUGUUUUAAAGAACUAGUGAGAUGCAACAAUUUUUCCAGUAAUGAUUAAACAUGGUGCAAGGUAUUAUUUUUCAAAUCUGGGUGAAUAUUCUUCUUCUGUUCUCAAGAUCAACAAAAAUCAAUAGAAAGAAGUCCUCAACAGAAACUCAGUAGUGCAUGGAUGUGUUUACAAUGAGGCGGCCUCAGCCAAUGAAACAGCUGGGAAUGUAUUUAGUCAUAUCUUGAUACAUUGAUUUUGACCUUUUCUGUGCAUGGAGAUAUUUGUAGGUGAGAACAAAAGAGAGUUAUUUGCCCAGAUCUGAAACAGCAUCUUGCACUGUGCCAAACACCCUUUAAAAUCCACUAUAAUUAUAGUCAUAUUAUUAUGAGCUGUGCAGACUCAAUGCAAAAUAAUUUUUUUACAAAUGUUCAGAAUAUCUAUGCCAAGCAAUUUUAGUUUUACCAUUCUACAUUUUAGUUUCCUUUCAUUAGUGUUGCAUGUAAGCUUUUUAUCUUAAGAUGCAUAUGUACAAACUGCAUACAAACUAAAUGUGUAUUAAGUAAAUAUUUUAGACUGGAAUAAUUCUUGGUUUAAUAUUGAUAAACAAAUUAUAUAGUGCAUUCGUUUCACCUUAUUAAAUAUUAGUAUAUGCCUUUACUUACCACAUUCCAGGGAUUCUGUCAAGCAUGAAACUUAAGCCUUAUUAUUUCAUUUUAAAAUGCAAGCAAUUUUUCUAAUCAUUAGGUGUAGGUGUUCAUAUAUUUCUGUACUGCUCUUCCAGGUUUUUUUAACAGCAGCUUGUGAAUAGAGUUUAAGUGAAAUAAUAUAUUCCUAGUUAUCAUUCACUGCCAUUUGGAUCUCUGUAUCUCUGUCAGUGUUAAGCACAUUCCAUCAUCACCCAAACUUCCUAGUGAAGAAGUUCAUACUGCAGAUAUGCGACUUCUAAGAUAACAUCAGGAUUUACCUUGGAUGUUUUCAAGUAUCCAGACAAUUUCAAUCCCCAUCUGUAUGUGUAAUUUAGUAUAUUUUUUUACAUCAUCCAGUUUUGUUGCACAAAUCCUCUCAUACUCAUGUUUUUAUAUGAUGAAUAGCCUUGUGGGCUUUGUUUAUAUUAUUUAUUUAUAUCUAUUUUCCUGUGGUUUCAGUCUGCUGCAUGACCCUGUUGGUAGAACAAAGUACUACCUUGAGCAGCACAAUCAUGUCUUUGUUUGAAGCAUAUGACUAGACUAUAUAAAUGUAUUUAAAUUAGCAUAUGUUAAAUUUUGUAAUUAUCAUGAGCUCAAUUUCUUGUCCGGGUCAUCUCAUGUUGGUUAGCUCAGAUGGCUCAAAAUGAUUCCCAUGGCAAGAUUUGAGAUGUUGCCCUGCCUGGCAAGAAACUCAGAUAAAGGCUGAAUGCAAGAUGCACUUUGAGUGCUUAGUGAUUAUCUGUCAUAUGACAUCACACCUGACAGGUCUUCUUAGCAGUCUUCAGACUUAUGGUUAAUCUCUUGCAACUUACACUUAUCUGGCUUAAAAGAUACAGUUCAUGCAAGUUAACCUGUAUUUUAAAAGUGUUGGCAGAAGUUUUGAAAAAAUGAAUUUGAUUUUAAAAGGUGUGAGAUGUCAAGCAUUUUGGCUUGCAUGUUGCUCAAGGCAUUUUUCCCCCAUUGUGCUCAUGGUAGUAAGACAGUUUUGAGAAUAAUUUGAAAAUAUAGCAGCAGUAUGUAUUCUCAUCUCCCACAACCAUUCUCAAAAGUUUGGUUAUCCAGCAUGAUGUGUGCAUGAUUUGGGAUACAAAUUUUUGUGCAUGGACAAAAGGCAUGGUCAUACUUUUUUUCUCCUUUUUUGACAAAUUGCGAUCACUCAGGUAUUUCCUAAUAAGUGUUGAUUGUAAAUGGACAUUAUUAGAAUUAGUGCCUGUAACCAUCAAUUCCAACAUAUUCAGACAAUAAGUUCAAACAGUUGGGACUGCCAUUUCAACAACUUUGAAAAUAAACAUGAUUUAACUGUU